AUGGCGUGGCACUCAUCCGGCGUGAGCAACUCGGAGCUGAUCGAGAAUCUGUGGAGGAAUAAGUUGAUUAAAGAUGAGAGGGUUAAGGAGGCUUUUUUGAAGGUCGACAGAGCCCAUUACUCACCCACAUCCCCCUACUCCGACUCCCCCCAACCAAUCGGCCACUCAGCCACCAUCAGCGCUCCCCACAUGCACGCCUCAGCAAUCGAGCACCUCCUCCCAUCGAUUCUCCCCUCCCCAACCCGCCCCGCCCCCCGCGUCCUCGACAUUGGAUCGGGGUCUGGCUACCUCACCCACGUCAUCGCCGAGCUAGUCGGCUCUGAGGGCGGAACGGUCGUUGGUUUAGAGCACAUACCCGCUUUACGAGACCUCGGCGCUCGAAAUAUGCCAAGUCGCAGGAGGGUCGAGACUUUUUGGAAAGUGGACGAGUCCGAUUCCGACCACGCCUCCACCGCCGCCCGCCGGCGCUCUUCGGUAAACGAGCGUACUCCUAUGGGCGAAGUUGAGGGGCAAGGAGAAAGAAAGGGAGAGGACAAAGAUGAAGGGAAGUGGGAUGCUAUCCACGUUGGGGCUUCUGCCAAAGAAAUUCAUAAGGAACUUGUGGAUCAGUUGAGGAGUCCUGGACGCAUGUUUGUCCCGGUUGAUGAUGAUGAGAUGGGUUUGCAGCAGCAUGUGUGGGAGGUGAAGAAAGAUGAGGGUGGGGAGGUUAGUAUGAGGAGAUUGUUUGGGGUGAGGUACGUGCCUUUGGGGGAUCCUCCUAAGUGA